AUGGUGCCGAAGCUCGAGUUCGAGUUCGAAUCUACCAAGAAGAAAUUUGCAAUGAAUGUUGUAACGAGUUUGCUUUCGCAUGAAGCUCCGGUGCUUGAGAGUUUGCACCUGAGAGUUGGAGAUAGAUGUUAUAAUACAGAGAUGGGAGAUAUUGGAGUAUUGGCUGGAAUUGCAUUUGCACGCCAUGUGCGUGAGUUCGUACUCGUUUCCUCUGGCGCAUUUGUCCCUUUUCCGAGUAGCUUGUUCUACUCUGCUUCACUCGAGACCUUGAAACUCGAGAACGAGAUCGAAGUGGAUGCUACUUCUCCGGUUUCAUUGAAGUCCCUUAAAACUCUUCACCUUGUAGAUGUGAGGUACAAAUACGCCGAAUCCUUUCAUAACCUCGUAUCUGGCUGCCCUAAUCUUGAAGAGUUGCUUGUACAUGGAGAUUUAUACCGUCAUCACAUUAUUGUGGCGCCAUCUUUGAAGAGACUAUCCGUAUACGAUUCCGCUACUGGACGAAAGAAUGCUAGAUUUGUGAUAAACGCUCCUUGUUUGAAAUACUUGAAAAUUAGCAAGUUAAAAGGCUAUGAGGUUUGUCUGAUUGAGAAUGCGUGCGAGCUAGUUGAGGCAGAUAUUAGAAACGUUUCUGAGAUAGACAAUGAGAUGAUUCUGGAAUCUCUCAAGUCAGUUAAAAGUCUUAUCAUGGACUUAUCCCCCUUGGAGAUUAAGCUUCCUACUGGUAGUAUCUUCAAUCAGCUGGUAUAUCUGGAGAUGUAUACACAUAAAGCCAUGUGGUGGAGUCUACUUGCGCUCAUGCUCGAUAGCUCUCCUAAGUUAAAUGUCCUCAAGCUCACUGAUUGUGGGUCUCCUCGAGAAAAUUUGCAUUGUAGCGAGAAAUGGAGCGAACCAAAGUGUGUUCCUGAAUGUUUGUUCUCCCAACUCGAGACAUUUGUGUGGACAAGUUACGAUUGGAGAAUAGAAGAGGAGAUACAAGUGGCUACUUACAUUCUAAAGAACGCAAGACGGUUGAAGAAGGAAAAAUUUACACCCACUAAAAAGCUCAACGAGUUGGAACAGAGACGUGAGAUGGGCAAAGAGUUUCAUGGCGUAGUCAUGGCUUCAAAUUCAUGUCACCAUGUGUUUGUAUUCGAAUGA